GAGCAGUAGGCAAAUUAUUGGUGAUUAACCUCGCAGGAAAAAAAACUUGACAGAUAGCUAAAGAUGCACUGUGACACGUGCAACUAGCCAUCCAAAUUUUAAACGUAUUUAAGCUCAACCCACACUCAGCCAAACGUACUCGCACUUGCACUUUCAGUACCCAAGCAAGUAUUUAGAAAUGAGACUUUUUCUAAUAACCACAUUAUGGCUGGCCUGCAUUUUCGCAAGCUCAGCUGAUGCGGAUAAGAAGAGGCAGAUUGAGGAGUUGCUGGAGCAGAACACCGAUGAACUAAGCGAGACCAAGCAACUUCUUCAGCAUCUUGACAGCACAAAUGAUCAAAUUAAGGCCAGCUUUGAUCAACAGCGCGGCUGGCUACAGGCGAUUAAUCGUGUGGACGGUUUGCUGGCGAAUUUAAACCAAGUCGUCACUGCACAGACGGAGGCACUGGUGAACGCAAUGAAGAACACAACUCUCAAGUCUAGCUUGGGUGCGGAUCGAGUGGUCAAGGAAUUGGGCACCCUAGCGCGCUCCCAGCUAUCAACGAAACAACAGAUCAACGAGCUGGAGCAAAAGUUGGAUGGCUACCAGAAAAAUGUGGUGCAAAAUGCACGCGGCAUUGACAAUAGCAUUCUUGAACUGACUAAAUUGAUAGCUCGUGCCGUCCUGCCCCAAUUGAAUGGACUUCAAUGUUCUUUUGACAGCCUGGAGACAUCACACAUUAAUAUCGAAGUGGAGCUCAAGAAUCUGCCACGCAUCGAGGAAAUUACCGAGGACUCCAGUCGUAAGCUAAAUGUUCUAGGCGAGCAAAUGGCUAGCCUAAAUCAUACCCAGAGCGCUCGUCUCUCUAUGCUGGCGCACUCCGUCUCCAAGCUGAAGCCUCUGAAUACUUGGCAGAUUGAAAGUGCGUUGCGUGAACUUAUUAUAUCGCAGAAGAGCAUCGAAUUAGAUCUGGAGGCGUGCGAGAAACGUUCUGCGCCACAUUAUCCCAGGACACACAGUGUCGAAACUUAUUCUUCCUAUGAAAUUGAGACACCGUCGCAUACUCAUCAGAGCAAGCAGGUGGAUGUAGUACAGAGUGCACGUGCGGGUCCAUAUCACGCAAGUGCUUAUGCCCAGGUAUCUGAGCCAAGGCUAAAGUCUGUGCAGCCCGCCCGCAGUUCCGGCUCAAGUAAUGCAUAUUCCGUCUCCUGGCGGCAGGCUCUGCCCUGGGAAACCGUUGCUGAUUAUCCAUCCGCCUCAGCGACAGCGAUUAAGCCCACAAAUCCUGCACUACCUUGGCAGGUUAAGCCACACUAUCCAGUGCCAGAUACCAAGCUCUACAAUUCUGGUUCCGGUCGCAGCAUACCUGAACCAAAUCAGCCGUCGUGCGCUAAGAAGCAGAAUCCACCGCGCUAUUCAACGCCCACUGCCUAUGGGUCACCAGCACCACAACAAGAGUCAUCUUCCCAACAAUAUCAGCAGCAGAGCUCCAAGCGCGGUCAAUCCAUAGCCCAGCAAGGCUAAUCUCUCUGGCACGGCAACCAAUCGGACAGUUACUAGGAAACAUCAACUUUCCAAUUUGAGAUGUUUAGCAACAGUUUAUUUUUACAGCAAAUAUGUAAAAAAAUAUAACAAAUAUAUUUAUAUUUAGAGCCAUUUUAUAGACAAAUUUAAAACACAUAAAUCAAUUAAACUUUUAACAAA